GCAUAGGGCCUCGGAGUGAGCGGCCGUGCUCCGCAUGUCGCGCUGCUCCCGCGCACCAGGACCGACGAGGACCGCCGCCUGCCCGAGGCCUGACCGGCAUAGGGCCUCGGAGUGAGCGGCCGUGCUCCGCAUGUCGCGCUGCUCCCGCGCACCAGGACCGACGAGGACCGCCGCCCGCCCGCCCGAGGCCGGCGCGGCAAAGUGAUGACGGAGGAAAAGCGACAACAACAAUGAUAUAAAAGGUGCCGAUCGAAUGGAAGGAAUGUUCGGAGGGAUGGGAAGUCAUGUCUUGGAAAGGACAGAGCGGGAACCGGGCAGCGGAGAACAACAUGAGAUUUCGAAAGUGUCUCCGCAGUUCGAGCCCGAGCAGGACAUGAGAAGGGUUGAGGAGGAGGAGGCGAGGGCGAAGAAGGAAGAAGAGGGAACGGAGGAGGGGGAAGAGGAGGGUGUGGAGACGGUGAUAGAGAAGAAGGAAGAGGAGGAGGAGGAGGUGGACGAAGAGGGGGCGGAGGUGCUCGAUUUUCACGAAAUCGACAACACUUACGAUUACGCCCAACAUAUGAUCACUAACUGCGUUUCAGUAGAAAAUCAGGCAGCACUUGAAAGGUUGUAUGAACAAAUGGUAAAGGAGGCUGAAGUGCGCAGGAGAGAAAUACGCAAGAAAGAGUUUGGGGAGGGGUCGAGAUAUAUUCCCCGCAAAGUCCCUCUAGAUGAUGAACAAAACUUUGCUGAGCGUAAACAGAAUGUAUUGUCGCGAGUGCCAUUGAUAGGGUCCAUACUGUCAAGGAGAGCAAGGGAGCAAGAAGAGAAAGCCAAGAAUUCCAUUAUCAUGGACACUGUACUGCCCCCCAAAUCCGCAGAACAUCGUGAGGUUUCUGAAUUGUUUCAUCAGAUGGACGACGGACAACUUCAAAUUCUCUCUAUUGAGAAAGUAACCAAUGAUGGUCUCGAGGACAAGUUUGAAGAAAGAAAGAGAGCCUAUAGUGAAAUGUACGGGGAUGUAGAUGUGCAUAACUUGUGGCAUGGAAAUAAGUUGGACAAUAUUCCCACAAUACUGGAGAACAACAUUGAAGUUGCACGCUUUAGCUUGUCCGGGAUGUACGGUACGGGCGUCAGGUUCUCGUCCUCCCCUCAGUUGGCCUCGAUGCACUGCGACCGGGGCGAGACGGGCAGCAUGCUCCUGUGCAAGGUGCUCAUCUCCACCAUGAUGGAGGUGGGUGGAGCGGACUGGAUAGAAAGCAACGAGCCCCCCGUCAUCGCCGGCCGCGAGCCCCUGCGAUACGACACCACGACCAACAGCAAGGAGGGCAUGCACGCCAUCGUCAAGUUCGAAGACCACUCCUUUCUGCCCACCCACGUGGUCCACUUCAGGAGGUGCGUCCUGGAGGAAAAGGAAGACGAAAUCGACUACACUUUUUACAAUUACGCCCAAGAUCUGAGUGCCGACUGCGAGCUAGUAGAUAAUCAAGCAGAACUUGACAAGUUAUAUGAACAAAUGUUAAUGGAGGCUGAAGUGCGCAGACAAGAACUACGCAAGGAAGAGCUGGAAGUACUUCAAGCACAGCAUGACCUAUGGGGUGAAGAUUUACGCUUAGCAGAAGUACGGACGACUCGACAGUUCAGUUUGAGGGCGUAUCAGAAGCGCAUGGAAGAAUUGGAAAUGCUGGAAAUUCUCACGCAUCAGCAUACCUUAUGGCAAGAAGAUUUAGAAGAGCAAUGGCCAGAAAAAAAUGAUAAAUAUGGAGAGUUGUGGUUAGAUGAGCAAACCCCUGUUGCACAACCAAACCUAGAGUCAAGAGAGGGCGCUCAAAAUCAAGUUUUGAAAGAUGAGCAACACCUUGCUGCAGAACAAAAUCAAGCGUUAGAAGAUGAACAGCCAGAACAGAACAAAGUGACAAAGUUUCUGUUUGAGUGCAAGAAAGAGGAUGUAAAUUCCCUGUGGGGUUAUCAUUAGAGAACGCAAUAGUUUAAAAUGAGGAGGAUUACUACUUAAGCGUCUACAUUUUUAGCCCUGUUCAAACUAUUUUCUAAGUAUAUCUGCUAUUUAAAUUCAACUCUAUCGUCAUUUAGGGUGAAUAAUGCUGUGUUCUUGUUUUUCUUAGUAUGUUACUAGCCAAACUCUUCAAAAUGUUGAUUUUUACUCUAAAAAUCAAUGAAAGUUUGAGAGCGCAACCUAGCGUAACCAUGCUAUUGACUAUUAAUAUAAGUUAUAAUACUGAUUUGUCAGUUGCCUGAAAUUGGAAACAAAGGGCAGACUGUGAUACAGUCCCCAAACUAAAGAUGUAGAAAAGUCACCGCUUCGUUGUUAUUACUAUUAUUAUUAUUAUUAUUAUUAUUAUUACUAUCUACUUGAGUAGACUUGACACAUUUGUACAAGUGUAUUGCCAAAUAAAUAUCAAUUGAGACAAUCUUCCA